AUGCCUGCCAUAAGCAAGAAGCAAAAAACAAACCAUGGUCCUGGUGCCACUGGCAACUCCGCAGUUAAGCAUAAUGCGGCAGAUUCACCGAAAGAGGAUCCUCGGUUCCAAAUAACUAGCGAUUUCUCAGAUUCAGGUCUAGAGCAACACGAUGCUAAAGUCCCAGGGGCAGUCGCAGACGUCAAGGGUCAGCGGAGGCCGAGCUGCAGCAAGCCUGCGGGCAACGGAGCAGCGCCGACGCCACAGCCCGAAAGGCAAGCAUCGCAGCGCGGAGCCUCAAAACGAUUAACCUCGGACUCCCCGUCAGAUGAGCACCCCGAAGAUGGUGAUGGCGGCGACGACCGUGGCGCCAGGGGCGACGGCGACGCCGGCACUGGCGGUUCAACACCUGAGUCCGACAAAUUUCAAGACGAAGACGAAGACGAAGACCACACGCACAACAGCGGCAAGGCCGGUGGCUCUGAGAGCGACGAUGGGGACCCCAAGCCCGAUGGCGAUCCUAAACCGAAACAGCGGAAAGUGCUGUCGAAGCGGAAGUUGGAGCAAGUAAAGGAAGCCAGCGACUGCCAUGGCAUCGUGUACAUCAGCCGCAUUCCCCCGCAUAUGAAGCCCCACAAGCUCCGACAGCUGCUGGAGCCAUUCGGGGACAUCGGCCGGGUGUAUUGCGCACCUGAGGAUCCAGCCAUGCGGCGGAUGAGGAAAAAGAAGGGCGGUAACUCGGGUAAGAACUUCACAGAGGGCUGGGUGGAGUUUGAGGACAAGCGGAGAGCUAAGCGGGCGGCUCUCGCGCUCAACGGGCAGCCCAUUGGGGGCUCCAAACGCUCAGCGUAUCACUACGACCUGUGGACUAUCAAGUACCUACCCAAGUUCAAGUGGGAUAUGUUGACGGAGGAGAUCAACUACCAGCGGGCAGUACGUGAGCAGAAGCUAGUGGCGGAGAUCAGCGCAGCCAAACGAGAACGUGACUUCUACCUGUCACGUGUCGAUAAAGCCAAAGCUAUCGACGCCAUCGAGGAGAGGCGCCUCAGAGGAAAGCAGACCCAACCUGGCAGUGGCGGCGGCGGCGGCGGCGACGACGACGGCGUGCAGCCGGCGGCGGCGGCAGCUGCAGGUGCUGCAGCUCUAGACCACAGUGGCGGCGGCGGUGGCGGCGGCGGCGGGAUGCAGCGCUUUGAGCGGCACUUCGGUCAGCGACGGGCAAAGGCGGAUCCCGUACUGGACGAGCGUGCGCCCGUACUGGCGGAUGACGUGUUGGGAUUGUUGUGCCGGAAGCGUAAGGCCCAAAAUUAG